AUGAAAUUUUUUUACUCUUCCUCUUCUCCUCCACACAUACCAAACAGUUUUCUUUCUUUCUUUCUUUCUUUCUUUCUUUCUUUCUUUCUUUCUUUCUUUCUUUCUUUCUAUGUUUUUCAACCUCUCACUUUCUUUCUCUCUUUCUUUCUUUCUUUCUUUCUUUCUUUCUUUCUUUCUUUCUUUCUUUCUUUCUUUCUUUCUUUCUUAAUCUCUUCCCUUUUUAUCUUUCUUUCUUUACUUAUUUAUUUCUUGUCUCUCCAUUUUUUCUUUCUUUUUUGUCUCAUUCUGUUUUCUUUCUUUCUUUCUUUCUUUCUUUCUUUCUUUCUUUCUUUCUUUCUUUGGAUUCUCUCCAUUUUUAUCUUUCUUUCGUUACUUAUUUAUUUCUUGUCUCUCCAUUACUUUCUUUCUUUUUUGUCCCAUUCUUUCUUUCUUUCUUUCUUUCUUUCUUUCUUUCUUUCUUUCUUUCUUUCUUUCUUUGUAACCAAUAUUGCCGCCGUUUUCUUCUUGUGUUUCUCGUCGGUGUUCGAAACCAGAAAAAAUUGCCCCCCCCCGCCCCACGAAUACAAAGAAUGUCUUGGUUUGAUAUUACUUUAUAUAUAUUACCAUGAUCAUACAUGGACAUCUAAUUCUCUUCUAUCUAUCUAUCUAUCUAUCUAUCUAUCUAUCUAUCUAUCUAUCUAUCUAUCUAUCUAUCUAUCUGUUUCACUCUGUUCAAAUCUACUUAUCUAUCUAUCUAUCUAA